UGACUAUUUUGACAUUCACGAUUUUGCUUUCAACCUCUGUGGGUAGGAACAUCAAAUUUUACCGUAAUUUAAAAACCUAUUUGCAAUGAAAUGUCGCUCCGUUUAAGAGUGCUAAAUUUGGUAGAAAUAGUGCUACGAGUGCCACCCCUAUUCGUGAUUGAUGAGAUACUGAAGGCUGGACUGGGAAUAAACUCGUUUACCAACCACGAUUUUCCACUUUUCGAGGAGAAUUUCUACAAGACUUCCAGCCAGAAUUUCACAACAGCCUCGCAGUACAAUCCUCUGCUCUACAGAUUUGUUGUUAUCGGUUUAAUUAGAUUUAUUCUCAGUGCAAUAGGAUGUGGUAUAGCACUAUGUCUCUUCAUGCUCAACACCAAGCACCUGAUGGUGGUCUAUAUGUAUCUGAUGUCUCUUGGCGUGGUUUUUAUGUCAUACUGGACGAACACAACGACUGUCAACCUCCUGGCGAACUCCACAGAUACCACAACAGCCCCUUGGGAUAUCCUCGAGCACAUUUCGAUUUUGGACUACAGCGGCCUAUUUAGGGAAAAUGGACCGGCUCUCCACCUCACCCAAAACUGCAUUUUCCAAGCGGUGCUGUCCUACGUAUUUGUGAACAUCCAUCUGGGACCUAGAUAUCCCUCGUUGCAGAAGUUGCUGCCCAUGACCUUCUUCGCUCCAAUUUUCGUCGCCCUGCUGCCUCUGCCUCAAGCGGUCUUGACCCAUUCGCCCAUAGUUUCAGCCCUGUUGCCCUUAGCCUUGAUCAAGUUCGUCCUGUGGACGUCCUUGGUGUCCAUCAUACACACCGUCUACAACGGCUAUCUACACGCUAGAAACUUUGUCUCGAACUUCGGCAUGUCCGCCUUGGUAGAGGCGGAAUGGCUCAGAUUGAACGUGCCCGAGGUACUGAGGACCUUCUGGCUGCUGAGGGUCAUGGAGCACACCAGCAUCUUCUUCCUAUCCGGCUACUGGGACGCACAGGACGGCUACUCGCCCUAUUUCAGACUGAUGAAAUAUCUGAUGGUCACCGGUUGCGAUACCGUGUCCGCGGUAUUGGGAAUAACCAGUAUAGUAUCUUACAUCUGUAGCUACAUCGGGAAAUUGUUCCAGUGGAUACUGCUGACGGAAGACGAUAACGACAAGAAUAUCGGAACCGUUUCCGCCAUCGUCUUUUACAUAUUGGCCUUGCAGACUGGCCUAACCAGCUUGGAGCCCGAAGUUCGAUUCGUACGAUUGUGCAGGAACUUCGGGUUGCUGUUCACCGCCAUACUCCACUUUAUACACAACGUAGUUAAUCCUCUGCUCAUGUCGCUGAGCGCGUCUCACAACCCGUCUCUGCGAAGACACAUCCACGCCCUCCUCGUCUGCGUCCUCUUGGUGGCCCUACCGCUGAUCCUGAUGUUCUACCUCUGGUCUACGCAGGAGACGUCCACGUGGCUAUUGGCGGUGAGCGCAUUCAGCAUAGAAGUGAUCGUGAAGGUAUUCGUAUCUCUCGCCAUCUACGCCCUGUUCCUCUUAGACGCCAGAAGGGAGACCUUCUGGGAGAAACUGGACGACUACAUAUACUACAUAAGAGCCUUCGGCAACACCAUAGAGUUCUGCUUCGGCAUCUUCCUCUUCUUCAACGGCGCCUGGAUCUUGCUGUUCGAGAGCGGGAGCGCCAUCAGGGCCGUCAUGAUGUGCAUCCACGCCUACUUCAACAUCUGGUGCGACGCAAAAGCCGGCUGGUCAGUCUUCAUGAAGAGAAGGACUGCGGUGAACAAGAUCGAAAGUCUGCCGGACGCCACCGAGCCGGAACUCUCUGACUACAACGACGUGUGCGCCAUCUGUUAUCAGGAGAUGCGAUCCGCGAAGAUCACGCGGUGUAGACAUUUCUUUCACGGCGUGUGCCUCAGGAAGUGGCUGUACGUGCAGGACCGCUGUCCGUUGUGUCACGAGAUUCUGCACGGCAUCAACGCGGACGAAAAGGGACAGAUGGGGUUGCCGCGGAACGCCAUAGCCGAGGGUGACAGGUGAUAGGAUUAGACUCGUGUUAUUUAUUGUGAUUUAGGUCGAUAAGGUGGAGAUGGGACGAGAUCGCCACCAAGAUCAAACGAUGCGACUACUGGCAAUUCCGCCAAAACCCUCAACUUAACCUAUUAAGUUGUCAGAAUACGUCACAUGGGAUUGUUAAGCGAAAACAUAAAUCUC